AUGAAGUUCUUCGCUGUCGUUACUCUUGCUCUUUCCGCCGUUGCCUCGGCUGAGCUCACCAAGGUCGUGAGACGCCAGGUCUCCACCCAAGACGCCGCUAUGACGGACGCCAGCGGUAACAUCGUUCCUUUCAGCUCAUCUGGUGUCAACAUGGCUUCUACCAAAGCAGGCUUGUAA